CCAGCGUUGAAACCAGGACUUUUUUGCGCUUGUGUCCAUGUCGCCGAUGUGCUGAUGUGCCUGGCACCAGCUGCAGAUCUAGAUCGCAGAUCAACGAACGACGGGCGAGCUUCCACUGACAUCGAACCUGCUUGGCGAGUCUAGGCAACCAGGCAGUUGCUGGCAAGUGCGACAUAGUGACCGUUUCAGCAGGCAGUCCAGUCUCACGGCGCUCCAAAAUCUUGAAUUGCCCGCUUGAGAAACGUCAUUGGAGGGGUAGUCGCACCUUCAGUGCUAUUUAAAGCCCCUCGUCCCAGCUACCUAACCUCGACCUACCCCACACUUCAUCACCAAACCACCUACAACACCGACCUUUCAUCCUCAAAAACAACACUUCACCAUGGAUUUCGUCAACAAGUUCACUGGCGGCGGCAGCAGCAACGAGGCUCAGAACACCACCUCCCAAUCCACAUCCGCACAAGGCGAGCAGAAGUCCGGCGGCUUCCUUGGCGGUCUGAGCAACAAGAUGAACAGCGCGGCCGGCGGCGGCAGGGAGAGCGAGAAGAACGAGGAUCUGCUCGACAAGGGCGUCGACAUGUUCCAGGAGAAGGUUCUUGGACAAGGUCCCCAAGACAACGAGUCUGCCAUGGAGCAGGCCAAGGACGAACAGAUCUCCGACUUCAUCCGCUCCAAGUACAAGUCGACCACGGGCUCUGAUUUCCCCAUCAAGGACAAGGACACUAAGUGGGACAAGGCCGACUAAGCGCGCCAUAACGGGCAAGUUUAUGUUUACGAGUUAUGAUUUCCCCUUAGCCGUGCUCUGCGAGCAUCAUGAACAUUAAGCGGCUCCAUAGAGUUCAAUGAGAACUUACAAAGUAUUUU